AAGAUAAUAAGAAGGAGGAGGAGUUGAUUGCACUGUACGAGAAGAAGAAGGGCGGUGGGGAAUCAUCACUCGGUAUGCUCUCAGUGCGUCUGACUGCGCAGCUGAAGCGGGUGAGGGAGGUGCUGGCGACGUGGAAGGAAGUGGACGAACGUGUCUCCAAGCUGUGCCCCUCUAAAAGUCCUGCGAAGAAUCCCUCAACUGGCGAUGCGUGCAUCGCUGGUAAGAUCACGGAUGGGCUGGUUGGCUUUUUGUCCAAAAACUUCUCUGAUAACACAUGGAGGGACGAGUACCUCGGGGUGGACGCCACAGUAAAGAAAGGAACGAAUGGAGGGGCAGCAGGGUAUGCGGAUGGAGUGAAGUUCCAGGGAGCGUGGGCGGAGUGGCCCGUUGGCAAGCAGGGGCAGAAUCAGCUGUACCACUUUGCAAACCACAACUUCACUCUGGUGGCGACGGUGUCUAUCCACGGUGAGCCGGAGGGAGAUACCCCCAUUCCAUUGAUGGGUGCGACGAUGAAUGACGGUAAGAAUACAGUGCUCCUGGGACUGUCGUACGACAAAGAGGGGAAGUGGCAGAUGCUGUGCGGUGGCAAAACGACCAAGGAACUCCGCAGUAAUUGGGAGCCAGGGACAACACACCAAGUGGCCAUUGUGCUACGGAACGGCAGCCAGGGCUCCGCGUACGUCGAUGGUCAGCGUGUGGGAGAUGCGUCAUGUGAAUUGAAAAACACGGAUUCGAAAGGAAUCUCCCACUUCUACAUUGGAGGGGAUGGAGGCAGCACAGGCAGCAAAGAAGACGCGCCUGUGACCGCGACGAAUGUCCUGCUGUACAACCGCCCGUUGGAUGACAAUGAGAUCCGCGUCCUCAACGCAAACAAAAUUUCUAUUCCAAAGCUGACAGGCCUGAAAACAUUGGCGGCAGGAGCAACGGGUGUCGGUACCGCUCGCCACUUUGGGGCACAUGGUGAUGGGAGCACUGUUUGCGGAGGCGGACUGCUGCCGCUGCUCCUUCUGCUUGGAUUGUGGGGUAUUGCCGCUUCUUGA